GUGAUGACUGAUCUGGUCCUCAGCGGUUCUGAGGGACAGUAGGAACACCACUUUGGUACCAUCAUGAUGUCCUGGACCCAGGAGAUCUGGUCCGGAUGGCUCGGCAGGACGCAGUGAGGUGUCUGCGGUGCCUGCUUUUUGGACUCAACUUGAUGUUCUGGCUCAUGUCAGCGUGUGUCCUGGGAGUGGCGGCGAGGAUCCGAGACACUCUGAACAUGGUUCUGACUCUGACGGCCCACACCAGGCUGGAGGACGCCGCUGUCCUCACGUACCGCCCCGCCGUCCACCCCGUCAUCGUCACCGCCUGCUGUCUCCUCAUCGUGGUGGCCAUGUUGGGAUACUGCGGCGCGCUGCGGUGUAACCUGCAGCUGCUCACCUGGUACUUCAUCAGCCUGCUGGUGCUCUUCUGUGUGGAGUUAGCCGGAGCUGUGUGGACCUACGACCAGCCCCCAGUGCAGAAAGCUGACAUGAUCAGUCUGAAGUCUCGGAUGCCGAACUUCGGCCUGCAGCGAUAUCAGUGGCUCACACACACAUGGAACAGCUUCCAGUCUCAGUUUAAAUGCUGCGGUGUGAUCUACUUCACUGAUUGGCUGGAGAUGACAGAGAUGGAGUGGCCACCUGACUCCUGUUGCACCAACCAGUAUUCAGGCUGCGCUCGCCACGCCUCCUACCAUGACCUCAGCGACCUGCACCAGGAGGGCUGUGGUCCAAUAAUAUACCGUUUCAUCCGUGGGACAAAGCAGCUGCAGGCUCUGCGUUUCCUCGGCGUGUCCAUUGGCGUGGCUCAGAUCCUGGCCAUGGCCCUCACACUCACUUUGCUCUGGGCACUUUAUUAUGGACAGAAGUGUCCUGAGAUUGACUCACAGAGUCCUCCUGCUCUGCGGGACGAUGGUACGCAGGACACAGUGACCAUCAGGACUUCGGAUGCUGCAGAAUGAUUAAAAGUGAAACAAACUCAGGUUCUGUUGAGCUGAAAGAACUUCAGGUGGAGAUGGAGCAGUUUCAUGGAUCAGGAUCAACACUGAAAAUCAAACCUGUGAUUUAUUCUGGAAGUUCUGUUCACCGUUUCACUUAGAACAUCUGGAACCAAACAGCUGAAUGAGGAACUAAACUCCUGCAGAAGACACCAAGAAGAAAGCUACCUUCUUCAGUUGGUCUCUGAUGAACGUUCAUACUCAUUCUGUUGCUUUAUGUAGGUCAGACUCCAUUUAUGUUUUCUGUAAACAAAAGAAGAGCUCUGAUUUGUCAGAACAAAGAGCUCCGCCCACUGACCACAUCAGUUCUGUUAAAAUACAACAUUAAAGAAAAUUAUUCACUGGAUGGAAAAUAA